AGAUUUUGGCCUCAGUACCUCAGUCUCCCUCACUCUGAAUCAUUCUCACGUUUUCCGUUGACUUUCCUCAAUUUCAGACAAUUUUGGGGCAAAAAUCUGCCGGAAACCCAAAAAGGUUGAGCGGUUUUACCAAUAUUUAGUGAAGUUGUAAAUGGAUUAGGCCUUAUGGGCCCCACGUCUCUCUCAUUUUGCUUCAUGGGAACAUAAAAAAGACGCACGUUUAUAUAUAAUUUGUGUAAGUGUUGGACUAUUUGUCGCCUCACACAGUGACUUAUUGUUGGGCUGAUGAUGAAGCGCCUCUUGGCUGGUGUUGGGUUUGUGACAACUCAGGAGGUCACUGAGGGAAUGAGGUAAAGAGUCAGUAAAUAAAGGAUUUCACCAUGCAGUCUCCAAGUUUCAGAGAUUUGCGCCCCCAGACUCGGGGGAUCACAUUUGCUGGGCGGCCACAAUCCACCUUGAGCCGAUCCUUGUCACGGAGCAGCAACUCUUCAAUUCGAUCUUCUCUUGUCUCCUCAGUAAAGUCAGUCCCAGACCCCACCCUAUCCCCACUGGAAAUAGAGGGGAUUCUGUACCGGAGAGUCAAUGAGAAUGAAGAGGAUCUGACAAAUGCUUUUCUAACACUGGACACGGAGCAGAACUUUACCGUCACAAGAGGGGAAUUCUACAGGGUGCUCCAGAAUUUUAUCUUACCCUUGACUGAGUCUCAGUUUCAUGACUUAUUACAAAAAAUUCCGGUCAAUAGUGACGGGACUAUCCCGUAUCUGGAUUUCCUGGCGAAGUUCCUGAGGGCUUCCAGCAGCGCCCCCCGCGUGAGGAACGUAAAGAGGAGGUGGAGCUGCUCCCAAGCCAGUCAUGUGCUGAGUCUGAAUGAACUGGAGAUCCGUUUGAAGAACACGAUCUCCAAGAACCUGAAAAACGUGGUUCGAUCCUGUCGGCUUUUCGACUACAACCAGAACGGGCAAAUCCAGAAGCAGGAACUGCGGCGGAUCCUGGAGAACUACUGCUUCAAGAUGAAGACGGCGGAAUUCGAAAAGCUGUGGAAUCGACAUUGUAUAGGCAAAAAGAAUACGCUCGACUACAAAGAACUUCUGCGAAACCUCGGCAUCAACGCGGAACUUCACAACAAGCCCGUGGCAGAGAAUGUGGCUAGUGCUCUGAACUGGGAGGGCGUUCAGCUGGAGCAACUAAAAGAGAAGAACUGGAAACCCCCCACACCCCUCAAAGAGUUAAGCUCGGAGGAUUACACCAUCGAUGACAUAGUAGCGGCACUCCGGAAAAAGAUCUCCGCCUUGUACCCUAAUCUUGUGAAGGCUUUCAGAGCGUUUGAUGAAUCGAACUCUGGAUAUGUAUCGGCGGAGGCCUUGCAGUCAGUCAUUAAUAACUUUAUCUUCCCGCUACCAAAUGGAACCUUCCACAAGUUAAUGAGCAGACUGGCCUUCAAAUCCCCCGACAGAAUUGCCUGGGAGCAGUUCCUGAGGAGAUUCCAAGGGCAGGAGAUUAGGGCAAAUGGCCAGACCAUCCCUAUAAAACCAAACCAUAGAGCGAAUACAGUGAGAAGGGAAAACCCAGUGGUCUCCAGUGAGCACAUCGUUCAGAAGCUUCAGAGGCAUUUCCAGGACUCCUACCCUUCCCUGAAACAGGCCUUUCUGGUUCUGGAUGAGGGGCGUAAAGGAAAGAUCAGCCGGAAGGAAUUGCGCCGAAUUGUGGACUGCAUGAUGUUUCGCGUCACAGACGCUCAGUUUAAGGAGCUCAUGAUUAUCCUUGAUCCACAGCACACCGGCUUCAUCAGUUACCACCAGUUCCUCGACUUGUUUGAAGAAAAAGAGUCUGUUUCAGGCCAUAAAUGGCUCCAUAACUUGAGGAACCCAGUAAAGGAGAUGCCUGUAAUGCUGGAGUGGGAAAAGAUGGGGAACAUUCUGUGUGAGAAGAUUGAACACAACUGGGCCGACUUCUCCAAAGCAAUAAAGUCCUGUGACAACGAAGGAUCCGGGAUUGUGGAUAAGGAGCAGUUUAAAAGGAUCUUGCAGUCGUUCUGCCCCCCUCUGUCUGACAAGCACUAUGACAUAAUGUGCGAGCAAUAUAAUGAUGGUGCUAAUGGAUCUAUCUCAUACAUGGACUUUCUGCGCAAUGUGGGAGUCUGCACUUCUGCUGUUGGUGACUUCAAUGGUGUGAGCACUGAGAUUGCAGAUGGAAGCCAGUUACGAGAGGAGCUGAGACAGGAGGAUCUGUCUGGCCGGAUGAAAGAGAUUGAGAGUCAGGCCACACAGCUGGUGAGGAAGAUGCCAGUGGAGGAGGUGAUGAAGAAGCUGAAGGACUGUAUGAUCCGGCAGGAAUUCUCCCCCAAGGAGAGCUUUUUGGCCCUCGCCAAGCAGCACAAUGGGCGCAUCAGUAAGAAGGACUUCAGGAAAGUUCUACAGCAGCACGAGAUUCACUUAGAUGAACAUCAGUUUAAGCGGCUCACUGAGAAAUUCGGAUUCACAAAAGAAGAGCUCAGUUACUUGGACUUUGUUUCAUUACUGGAAGACCCCCCUGGAAAUGGACCAGGAGCCACUCUAGAUACCGGAUCAAACCACCGUGUGAAUGACACCAAGAUCCACUACAUGUCAGCAGAGGACUGCCUAGGUCAGCUCCGGGAGAAACUGCAACAGGGAUAUGGGGAUCUGUACUCUGCCUUCUACAAAAUAGACAGCAACCGAGACGGUCUCAUUACGAUGCACGAUUUCCGGCACCUCCUGGAUAGUUUCAUGUUUAUCAUCAAACCGCAGGAGUUCGAAAGAUUGCUGGGUCUGCUGGGACUCAACUUGUCUUCUACCCUCAACUACAACGAGUUUCUACAUCUGUUCCAGAAGCCACAAAGUCCUGUGUAUCCACCCUGGCUUCAGUCCUCUUACAGUCCAAAGCAGACGGUGGAGUGUGAAGACCUGGCAUGUGAACAAGCUCAUUACUAUCUGGUCACUAAGGCUCAAGGCAGAUGGCACGACAUGGCCAAGACAUUCUGUGAGAUUGACCGAGAAGGAAACGGCAUUAUACAGAAGAAAGACCUGCGCAACGUCUUGUUCACAUUUUACCUUCCCAUCCAUCCCAAGGAGUUUGAGAAGCUUUGGAACAGGUAUGAUCCGGAAGGGAAGGGUUUCCUCACGCACCAGGAAUUCCUGGAGAAGUUGGGCAUCAGCUUUGCGUCUGGAGACAGUGGGCCGAGCAAACAGAUCACAGAAGACAAUGAGACUCGGCUGGAGGAACAUUACAAGAAGCAGCAGCAAAUCCAGGAGGAGAUGGAUGCGUUUCACAAACACCAGACCAAGGAGCUGGAUAUGAAGGAUAUAGAGCAGCAGAUCAAGGAUAAAUUUCGGGAUUAUUACCCAGAUUUCAGCGCAGCCUUCGCUCAGAUCGACAGAAACCAGGACGGGCUGAUAUCAGUUGAAGACUUGCGCGCCAAGCUGCGGAGCCUGAAUUUCCAUUUGGACGACGAUCAGUUUGCCAACCUACUGUACAGACUGAGAAUCCGAGUGUCAGAUAACAAGUUGUCGUAUCCUGAUUUCCUGAGAAUGAUUGACGACGGCAGAGCCUCUAAGUAUGGCCAAAGGCAGCAGCACAUUGCACCCGCAGAGACACCCCUAAAACUGAGCCUGCACAAGGUGCUGCUUAAAUUGAAAGAAACGGUGGCAUCUUCAUACGACGACCUGUAUAAGGCAUUCUCUGCGUUUGAUAGGGACUGUACAGGCACCAUCAAGCCCUUUGAAUUGCACCAGAUAAUUGACAGCUUCUGCUUUAAGCUAUCGGAGAGGCAGUUCAGGUACCUGCUCAGCAAACUGCCGCUCAGCGAGGAGCAGACAAUAGACUGGAGACGCUUCCUGCACAAUUUCAGCUCGUCCCACCCCGAGCCUCCUUCCACUUGGGUAGAGAAAGUGCAACAUAUCACCAGGCCCAGGUCUAAUCAGGGGCUCAGCAUGAAGGAAGUUCUGACUCGCAUUCAGGAAGUGGUCGCUGCUCGCUUCUACACCAUCGCUCAGGACUUUAUUGCCCUGGAUUAUGCCAACAUUGAUGUUGUCUCCAAGGAGGAUUUCCAAGAGCUUUUCAACAAGAAUUUCAUGCUUCUGACAGAUGAACAGUUUGAAAACCUGUGGAACACGCUGCCGCUCAACUCCUACGGAAACCUGAAAUACCACGAGUUUUUGAGUCGGUUUGGCGGCAACGCCCUGGUGUCUCCACCUGAGAACGGGACAGGGGACCACGCAGAGUUAAUUCAUAAACCGGCCUCAGCAUUGCCCAGGAGCCGAACUUCUCCAGAAUCACAGUCUGGGCUCAGACGCCCCAAAACUGCUCCGGCCGUUUUAAACAAACCCAAGACUGAUAUUCAGAGGCCAAAAACAGCUGCUGCUUCAUGGAGGCUGCUGAACUGUGAGCAGAUAGAAGGCCGGCUCAAGGGGGGGCUCCAGAAAGUGUGGCAGGAGGUUCUGCGUGGGUGCAGAGAACACGACCCCGAGAGAGCCGGAGAGAUCACCCCUAACCACUUGUCAGUUAUUCUGAAGCAGUUUAAUGUGGAUAUAAACGAGGAGGAACUGGAGCGACUGACCAUAAAGUACGAUUCAAAGAACAACGGCAAGUUCUCCUACUCGGAUUUCUUCCGGAACAUUAUGCUGGAGCCAAAGUCUCAGGAGAACUCCCUGAUGCACAGGAUGAAGGUGCAGAAAACACGGGUUCCUAUCAGUACAGGACCUCAGGGCCCAUUAUUCCUAAAUGCCAUGCUGAGAAUUCAGCCCAAGAUACUGGAUUCCUGGAGACCCAUGAGACGAGCCUUUCUGUCUUUUGAUGAAGCAAGAACAGGCUAUAUCAGCACUCAGGAUUUCAAACAGGUUUUACGGAAAUCUGGGCUUAAUCUCUCAGAAGACGAGUUCUUUCACAUUCUGGGAUUCUUUGACAAAGACUUAAAAGCGAAGGUCUCGUACAAUGACUUCCUGAGAUCUUUCCUGCGUUAGAUCCAUGAGCUCAUAGAAUCGUGUGGGUUUGACUGGCGGAUCAUUGUUAGUGUGAGUUUGAGAUAAGAUUCCCAUGAGCCUCUCUGCGGUGUAUUUACUACGGCUCAUGAGCAGGAGACUGAUAAAUAGCAUUAGUGUUUCACAUGAGGAUAUAUUUGCUUUUUUUAACCAGUGUUUCAUAUGAAACCUCAUAGAUAUAAUAUCUGGUGUCAGUGACCCAAUCACUAUAAUAAAUACUCAUUAAAGUUUUAAAAUCCA